AUGAAGCCAGAAGGUGGGGAUGGCUGGAAGGGCAAUUUUGCAGUGCACAGCAUUUGCGAUCCUACUCCGGAAGCACUGUCCCGAAGUACAGAUUUAGGGACUGAGGCUCUCUGUAUGAUGCAGGGAGUUGGAGAGACAGAGCAGUUGUAUACUCCGAGUGAAUGGAAGCAUCUGAGCACCAGCUAUGUAGCAAGUGAACAGGGAGAUCUUUUGACAGAACAUGAAUCCAGGGGAGAAACAAUUUUCCGAGAAUAUCUGACACACCAAGGGACAGUAGUAAAGCCCUAUAGCUGGCAGACACAGAACCAAAUAUGUGCUGUGUCCUACCACAUGUGGACAGAUGAAGAAGCAAGAGUCCUUUACGCAGAAUUUCACCAGGCCUUUGGAUUCCACCAUCUUCUCUUCUACGAGCUGCGGAGCUUCUCAGGCACAGUAGUCCAAAAAGGCCAUUCUACGAACUGUACAGACCAAGACAGCCACCCAGAAUCUAUGCUCUUCGAGGUGGAUGGUUAUCUGGAUUCACUGACACGUGCCCACGAAAACACGGGACACAUCAUCGUCUACUCAAAUUACCCUUCUUGUAAUGAGGCUUACCACUGCUGCGUAAGAAAGAUCAAUCACUUCUUGCUAAAGUACCCCAAAGUCGCACUCUGCCUCUGUUUCUCUCAGCUUCAUCAUGCCGAGGACAGCUUUGCCACCGCUGCAUGGCACUGCCAAGCUCUGUGGAGCCUUUCCGGUCUGCGGCCUCAGGUGACACUGCCCCCACUGCCGGCGGGGACGUGGUGUCACCUCCUUUCCAGUUUCAUCUACAGCAUCCCUGGGUCAACGCUUUAUCAGCCAGCUACACCACCAGGAACCUCAACAGAUCAACAUAAUCCACAUCAAAUCAACAACUUAACAGUAACAGAACCGUAUUUUAGGAAAGCAUGUCCACAAGCAAUGCAGGGAAAGCCUGCUGUGCAGCAAAACUUAAAGACCUUUUCUUUUUCUAGCCCUGCCUUCCAAAAGCCUUUACAAGUGAUGAAAGGCAGUCUGCCACCUCUGAUGUCUCAAAGCCACUUGGUGCUUUUCCCACGCAUGUUUCUGCCCUCUCAGAGGGAACAUCUAUACCCCAGAUCUAAAAAUAUUGUACGGCAUUUAAAAAUGCCAAAUGAAUUAUUCAAUGAAACUAGUAAUUAUGAAACAUUUCCAAGCAGCAGACACCUAUGCUGAAGAUAACAGAAUUCAAACCACUUUAAGGUCAGAAAACCUGGAUUGAAAAUGGAAAAAAAAAUGCUAAAGUCACUUCUCAGGAAAGUUAAUCCAUAGAACCGUGGACCUCAAAUCAGUAAUUACAAAGACAACACCCUUUUAUUUUAGACUUACACCUCUCCAAUAUAAACCUACUGCAGUACUAACAGAACCUCAGUAUCUUCUGGUUACCUCCUACAAUCAAUUUAUUGUUCUCCAGCUAACAUCUGCUGGAAAACAGCAUGUGCACAAAGGCCACCACUGCAGUCUCUGCCUGGGGCCUCACAGCUGAGGUGGCUUUGGUGGAAGGUACGGAGCAGCCUCAACUCCUCCGCCAGCAGGAGGGUGGGUCCGCAGGGGAGAUGCCUCUUCCUACACCUGGCUCCUUAAUAACAGUUUGUACACGUAGCAGUGGUAUGUAUGGCUUUUCUAGGGCUGCCACAUGCAUUCAGAGGAACUUCACGAAGUUGUGUCACUUCUACUAAGAAAUAUCCGAUAGGGUAAGGUAGGUAACAGAGAUCUACACAGAGAUCUACACAUGGUUUACAUAGGAAAAAACAGAUUCCUGUCACUUAUAGGGGAAGAAAGUCAAAUUAAACGCUGGAGCAGCACUUUGGCUUCGUGGUGCGACAUGUCUGUUACUGAAGCCCGACAGAGCGGGACAGCUGGAGCCAGAAGAGCCCCGCUCCCCACGAGGGCUCUGGGGCACCACCACCGAGCCCCGCACUCCCCUCACGGCUGACGCGGGUGCGCCCGGGGGCGGGAAGCCGGCCCCGCCUCCGCCCGCCU